ACGUCCUGGUAGCCUUCUACGCGCCGUGGUGCCCGCACUGCAGGCGGCUCGGCCCGAUAUACGAAGACAUGGCGGAGAGGCUGGCAGGGAGGGAGAAGCUCGUCGUCGCCAACAUGGACGUGGCGGCUAACGACCUGGACUAUCCCGGGGUUUCGGCGAAGAAGCUGCCGACGGUGAUGCUGUUCAAGGCCGGGUCGAAGGACAAGCCCGAGGUCUACGACGGGGAGCACGAGCUGGAGCCGUUGGAGGCCUUCGUCAACGAACACACCCACGACAAGCAAGUCCGGGUACCAGCACCAGAUGCGCCAUCUAGAGACGAGCUAUAGUGUGGGGCUUGACGAGCGGGGCUCCAAGCGGGUGAGCGGCGGCAGGAAAAAGCUGAGACCUGUCUCUCUGUCUCCUUCCCUGUCUCUCCCUCUCUGUGGUGCGUGCUCGGAGAGGUGGCGGAAAGCGCUCGCCGACGACUCCCGCUUGACGGCAUCUAUCGAUCGCCGCUGGUGCCUGCGGCCUGGUUUGCAAUCUAGUUUGCCGGGGCGUCGCAGCUUUUGCCUGCCAGCAGGCACACGUCGCAACUUUUCGAUUGAGAGAGCUGCGUGUGACGUUCAAAGAGCUCUGGCGAGAGGCCCAUGCCCGAAAUCAAUCUUGUGUGUGCUUUGAAGCGUGCGGAAAGCAGCUGUAAUGGCUGUCGGCCGCUAAGUUAUAGCCGGCGAGGGACAACCGGAGAGUUGAUGCAAGAGAAACGCCCGGUUCUCGCAGCCGAACAACGGAUGUACACGCAAGCAGGGAGAGGGAGGUUUGUUGUAACACAUGUACACCAUGGUUUUGUUAGUCGAACGUCGUGGUGCGUUGGCCGGUCUUGUGUUGUAUGCGUUUGUUCCGUGUUGACCUGUCCUAUCCCUCUUGUAACUUGGGUCAUGCGUAACUUUUUUUUUUUCGUUUUUGUGAGUAAACUAUUUAUCAUCCCUUAUCUUGUUGAUUCGAUCGAUGGCGAUUGAAGGAUUUUGGGCGACUUUUCGGAAAGAUAGUCUCGAGUUCAUUCAGAUUUCGUUAAUUGCCGUGCUGGGAAAAGCGCGGUUUUCUACCUUGGUCACCGAGCUCAUGCGCGGUGGUGCCGGUGGCGACACGGAGGAUUCGUGCGCUUGUGUGCGUUGUGUGUUUCAUGAUUGCUAGCAUGUAGAGACCGCGCUGACCUGCUGAUCAGUGAAAAUAUAUCAAAUCUCCGCGCGACAAAAACGGCUGUAAGGCGGCCACCAAGACCUGAACUCUUCGGCAGCAAGUAGAGUGUGGCAAGCGCGACGGAUCCCGGUGGGGGGAGGGGGCAUAUGCGAGAAUUUGCCACACGAGUUGCUUCCCCUCCAGUACGCGGACGAAGCGGCCUGGCUGUGUGCAGAGCAGCGAAAGGGCGGCGCGUUUCUUCCUUUUCUUAGUAUUUAUUGUGUUGCCUGGGUGGUCCCUCUUCCGUGCAGAACACACCGCGAGGCCGUCUAGAGAGAGAGAGGGCGCCCGAUUUUGUGUUCGAUGCCUCUGUUGUUACUGAGAGCAAGACGGGUUGGUGUUCCGUUGGGCUUCAUGCCGAGAGCGGCGAAAACUUGAUGAGAAUAUCCGGAGGCAACAAGCGAACAUGUGUUCAACCCUCCCCCCCUCGACUUUUGAGCGUGAGGUCAAGCAGAAAGUGUGCCGUGUUGUCGACAUGUCGAGUUUUGAGGUUUUGUUUCCACGACUGACUCGCACUCCCCCAGCGAUCCAUGCACGGGGACACGUCUGUCGGACCGUGUUUUUCGUGUUUUCCGUGUUUUUUUUUUUUUCUCCUAUCAUUGGACUCUGUCGUCUGCCCCUCGUCUGCCCCUCUGGCCACUUGUACUAGCUAGACGACCCAACCGGGGUCACAUGGGAGGGGGGGGCUGGACCCCCUCCUGCGGUUCCUGCCUGAGGUAUUUUUAUCGCGACAAGGGUACAGCAAUCCCUUCCCUCGCGACUUACGAAGUCGAUCAUGGUUUACUAACAACGAGCUUUGCAGCGCGUCGCUUUCAUCCUAGACCAGGAUUUAUUCAGUGAGAAAAAAACCUCUCUCUGCCGGGACUCGAACCCAUGACCUGGCCCUUAGCAGGCUGCGAGGUUACCCACUAGGCCACCGGGGCGUCCGUGUGUUGCGCGCUGCAGCUGCGUCGUGGGGGACACCCGUUGCAGUCCUCUUACUUUUAUUUGCUUCGUUCUAUUCAACGAAAGUCUUCCAAAUAUCUACAGCCUUGGCUUUGCUCUUGCUUUCAUUUGGGGGGGCGGGGCGCGCGAUUGCGGUCCACCGUGGGUCAUAGCCUACUGUGUGUUGUGGUUGUUCUUUUGCGCGUCUACCCCGCGUUAUUUGCCGCGGCAUGACAACCGCCGUUGCACCGAGCUUUCCGGUCUUCUCUUGAAUAUUUGAUUAGUUCGUGCGUGGGCCAUGAGACGUACGGUAACCAUGCGAACGCUGUAUGUGUAUAUGUAGACGUUCCCUCGCUUCUUGUGGCAGUUUAUGCGUUUGUCGCGCGUUGUUCUCUUUUCCACAAGUACAGCUGUUGUGUCGUGCUUGAACGGCAUCCUUCUCCAUGUGCUGCAACUAUUAUACGACAUAGUUUUGAAGAGGUCGAGAGGGGUCUACGACUUUUCUCAGGGUUUUGGCGUCACUUUUUUUGGGUAGACUGUUUCGCUCACAUUUUGAGUGUAGCAGAAAAAGCUGCUUCACUUGUCAUGAUGAAAUUUUAUCCCUGCGCUACUCCUUGCUGGUCUAUUCGAAGGGAUGCCUUUGUCGGAAAGUUUUGUCUCGGGGGCAACAAACAGGGCUUGUUUCGAGCGCGUCUUGCGGUGCUCCCGUAGUCUAGCCGGUAACAGAGUAGCGCUCCAUCUACUGCUGUGCUCGUCGUUGUCUAUCUCGCAUGAACUUUUGAAACUAGACUAAGCACCGCGCGCGGUUUCGAGGCGGUGUGUGCAUCUUUGUGGAUUCAUGAUUUAGCGAUGCCCUACAGUACCGAGACAUGCUUGAGAGGCAGCGAGACUUGCACUGCAGCUCAAGGUGAUCCUUGG